AUGGAUGAGAUCCGGCGCGCCUUUGCCCUCUUCGACGACGACGGCACGGGGCGCAUUUCGCUGCGCAACCUCAAGCGCGUGGCCAAGGAGCUGGGCGAGGGCCUGGAUGAGGAGGAACUGCAGGCGAUGAUCGAUGAGUUUGACCUCGAUCAGGACGGCGAGAUUUCAGAGCAGGAGUUCAUCCAGAUCAUGAUGGACGACUCCUGAAGCCUCUCUUUCUUCGUGCGGCUUCGCUUUGUGGGAUGUAUUCGAGACUCGAGAGAGGGGGCGUAACGAUGAGACUGUGUCAUGGC